AUGGAUACCUUACUUACGGCAGAGAUCGUGGCCAACUCGCCACAGUUUCGGCGGAAAUCCUCAAUCUUCGUCGAUGCUAUUCAUGAUUUACCGGAAAAGGCCGAUCUGGCUCCAGCUCAGCUGUAUAGCACGGAAUCUGGCCGGCUUUUCCACUCAGGUCGCAUCGUGAUCAUUACUGUGGGGUUGCCUGCCAGAGGAAAGACACACAUGUCUGUGGCAUUGGCUCGGUACCUUCGAUGGCUUGGAGUCAAAACUAGAAUUUUCCAUCUUGGCGACUAUCGACGGGCUACUAUCCCCUUUGGUGAAGACAUGCCCGACGACUAUUUCUUUGUGAAUGCAUCGGCAUCAUCUGUUCUGCUUCGCCAGAAAAUUGUACGAAAGUGCCGCGAGGACAUUUACCGUUUCUUGAGUCACGAAAACGGUCAAAUUGCAAUCUAUGAUGCAGUGAAUCCCUUGGCCUCGGGUCGGCGCUCCCUUGCCAAAGAGUUUGCAAAGCAUGAUAUUGAGACACUCUUCAUUGAGUCCUGGUGCGAUGAUGAGCGGAUUAUCGAGGAGAACGUUCGUCGAGUCAAGAUCUCGUCCCCCGAUUAUGUUUCAUGGAGCCCAGAGGACGCUGUCAAGCAUUAUUUGACCCGUAUCUCUUCGCGUAUCCCCCAAUUCCAGACCAUGGAAGAGAAGGACCUGAACUACAUCAAGAUGAUCAAUGCCGGAGAGCGCCUCAUUGUCAACAACUGUAGCUUCGGCUAUCUCUCCAACCGCAUCGUAUUCUAUCUGUUGAAUCUCCACAUCAAAUCUAGACGAACCUACUUCGUGCGGGCCGGUGUAUCCAAAGAUUCCGCAUCAUACAGGUCCGAUUCUGGUCUAUCGGAAAAGGGUGAUGAUUACGCCAGAAAAAUGACCGACCGCCUGCUUGCUCACCGAGAGUCCGAGAAACAGGAUAUGAUCGCCCGGGGUGACACGGGCUAUGAAUUACGACCACUGAAGGUAUGGACGUCUACUAGACGUCGGACCGUGGAGACUGCAAAGUAUCUCUACGACAAGGGUUACAAGGUUCGACAGCGGUCUCAAAUGAGUCAACUCAACCCUGGUGUCUGCGAGAAGAUGUCAGAAAGACGGAUUCGCGCAGAGUGGCCGGAUGAGGUCGCAAAGCAUGAGCUCGAUCCCUAUCAUCACCGGUAUCCUCGAGCCGAGUCUUAUCAUGAUCUUGCAGUCCGUCUUGAGCCCGUGAUUCUUGAGCUCGAGCGAGAGCAGAACGAUUUGCUUAUCAUCGCCCACGAAAGCGUCCUGAGAGUCUUGUAUGGCUAUCUCAUGGCUUGUAACGCCGCCGACAUUCCGUUCUUGGAAUUCCCGCGCGAUGAGAUUAUUGAGAUCAUUCCCGAGAGCUACCAGAAUGAAGCACGCAGAAUCCAUAUUGCCGACCUGCCAGAAGAGAUUAUCCCCGGGUCGCCUGAAGAUCUGAAGAUCCCCGUGCCUCCCAGCGGAUUUGUUACGCCAAUUCAGGGCUUGGGCAGCCCACUAGACGGGGCUGGGACUCCUCAGAGCGGAUUCAGGACCCCAAGCGGACUUCGCACUCCUCGUGAGCGGGAGAGAAUCUCCCAACAACACGUCGAGGACGUUGUCUAA